AUGGCUGAAGAAAUGGCUGAGAAUGGCUACAACCAUGAGUAAGUUUUACGAUAUAACUUUUAUUUUAUAUGCGGCUUAAAAAUGAAUAUUUAAAUAUCUGGCAUUGGGAUUGGGCACAUUUAUCUUUUUUUGCUUUUCCAGCUGGUUAGGUUUUCCAAGUCCUCAAUUUAACUCACCAGAAAGCAAUCCAGAAAGCAGCUUGAUGUCACCAUGUGUGUACCGAAAAGGUAACAUAAUUAUCCCGCAAUCCCUGUUUUCUGGUAUCAGAUAAAAAGCUUGUAUAUAUUUUGAAAUGUUUAUAAACGCUGUCUGCCUUUUAUACAGAAUUAACACCGCAAGUGAGGCGAAUGAAACAGGGAAAAGUUGACAGCACCAAUUACUCUCGAGGAAAUACAAGUAUGUUUAAUGUUUUCCGAUAUUAAGUUUGACAUGCAGACAUUUUUAAUUUGCCCGUUUUGUUUCCAUAAAAUAAACUCAUUCAUAUAUAUCGUUUGGUUUAAUAUCGUUCAUAAAUUAUAUUCAGGUCAGGGAAGCGAAGCUCAAAGACAUAGUAAAAAGGGGAAAGCUACAAACUCGCCAAGGCAAAAUAAAAGAUCAACACCGACGGCAGGUCAGCCAUUCGAUAUAACUUUAAUUUGCCGGUUUAGUUUCCAAAAAAUAAACUCGUUCAUAUAUAGUUUGUUAUCGUUUAUAUUCAUGCAGGUCGGGGAAGCCAGCAGAGCCAAACGAGGACAUUGAAGACACCAAGUCCGACGAAAACUAAAAGAUCAACACUUGUAGCAGGUCAGCCAUUCAAACUUUAAUUUGCCGGUGUAUUUUCCAAAUAACAAACUCGUUCAUAUAUCGUUUUGUUAUCGUUUGCAUUCAGGUCGGGGAAGCCAGCAGAGCCAACAAAGUCAAAGAAGUAGACCACUAGGUCAGGCAGUCAACUUUUAUUUUCCCAGUACAGUUUCAAAAACCAGCUUAACCGGUCGAGCUCUUCUGAACUUCUGAGUUGUGUAUACCUUUCAAAAAUAUAAAUGACUGAUUAAUGUUGAUUAAUGUCUAAUUAUAAAAAUAAGAACAGUGAAAAUCCGGCUUAAAAUUGUUCUCUAAAUUUUUAUUGGCUCAGGAAAAGACCGAACAAAAAUGUGCUUGCAACAACAUUGAUCGGAUGAAAAGCAUUAUUUUUGUGUUUGUGACAACUCACAAAUUAUUUAAUUUCAACUUAAUUCUCACAUAGGAUUGGAAACUGAAGGAAGCCAAAGGCAUGAUGGGCCCCUACAAAGUCCUACAAGAGCAGGCGCUAUAAGUAACAAAGGUAGAAAUCUUAAAUAACAUGCAUGUCUAUACAACGGUACAGUAUAUUAAUAUCACUUAAUAUAAUUAUCGGACUAUAAACGGUUAAGGUUCUGUCCCCAAUGUUCCUAACUUGCUGUUAAACUUAACAAAAUGAUGUCUACGUGAAUAAUCGUACCGAUACGAGCAAGGAUGGGAUGAGCUAAAAGUUGUUAAGUGUGCAAGCAAACCAUUAAUGGAUUAAUUUCUUGUUUUCUUUAGAUUUGCUGAGUGAGCUGAACAAAGUGAAAGAUGAUGUUGGUUCAUUGAAAAGGAGCAUGAAAGAAAUUGCGAGCAGGCAGUUGGAGAUGAUGAGGGUGGUAAAAGCACUGAAGAAAAGUCACGAAUCCCAUAAUUUUGAAAUGGGAAAAUGCUGCCACACGGUAAUACAUUACUUUAAUACUUUUAUUAUAUAUUUCAGUUCAUGCAGUCUGCUGUACACUACUGGCUGCUUUGGGGACUUAACUAAUAAUUUUCUGAUUUACAUUCAAAUGAAAGGAUAUUGUAAAUAACAUCAUGGCACAGUGGUAUUGUACCAAGGGCAGGUAUCAAGUUGCUGACAAAGAGAAAAAGGUAUUACAGUAAUUGACACAGUGAUGCAUAUUUACUCAUAUCAGUUUAUUUGCUUACAAAUACAUGAUUUUUACAUCUGAGACACACACUUGAAAAUAUGAUACAUGUACAAUAAAUUUAUUAAACAUUAAUAAAAAAUGACUUUUUGCUAAUCAUUUUGUAUUUUACAGAGGUUGCUUGAAGCAGAGUUUGAAGAUUCGCCAACAGGCCUAUCUGUACAAGAAUUGAUGAGCCGUUGCGGCAAAUAUGAGGCAGGUCGUUUCUCAUAUUGGAGAAGCGAGGAACGAAGACGGGUAUUUAUGAAAUAUUACUUUCUGCAUAUUCGCUUAUGAUAAUAUAUAGUUAUGUAUAUUAACCCUCAAGUGGCAAUACGCCCAACUUUAUUAUUUUACUCUGUGUAACACCAGACAAUUUUACCUGUCAGCCAGGGGGAAGUGUUGCCACUACAUGGGUUAAUAUACAUUAUUUAUGUUAAUACCAUAUUAUAAUAUGGAACAUAUUAUAAUACGUUAAUUCAAUUGUUUUGUCAUAUUUUACAUACGUUUUUCUUUUCAGGUUCUAGGGCUUAAUGGCUAUGAACAACUGCUUGAGGUUUUAUCCAGUAUGCUGACUAAUAAAGUCCUGCAGCUCCUCGGCCAGAAAUACAAUGUUCAGUCGAAGUCUGCUGUAAAAAAAGAAAUUAUUUUAAUAGUUAGUAUUUUGAUUAGUAUCAUACAAGAAGCCUGCUUCCAUUUACAUUGCACAUAUGCAUAUAUUUACCUACAAUAAUCUACCUGCUGAAGAACACACAUAAACAAAGAGCCAAGUCAGAUCUAUAUAAGGUGGAGUACAGAGCCCAUUACCCCCAGAAAGGUGAGGCACCCUGCCAAACAAGUGAAGAACUCCUCCAGAAAAGUGAAGAAGCAUACCCCAAAAUCUUCUACUUCAUGUACGUGUUUAUACAAUUAUUGAUGUACCAAUCCCACCCCCAACACACCCACCUUAAAAACUCUUGCACUCCCUGUGCCAAAUAAUCCAACUGAUGCACUUUUUGUUUUAGCGUAAAUUCAUCAGAAGCACCUCCCUAGAAAGCGCCAGAAAAUUAAAAGAAUUCUGUGGGUCAUUUUAUGAAUGGCGAUCGACAUCAUUCCCUGGACGAAUGACAUCGUCCAAGAGGACAACCUCUGUUAUGCAGAGGAAUGAUAACUUUAGUUGUGCUAGAGUAGCUUAA